AGCUCUGCUCUGCCUUGUGGGCGUUGUAGUCUUUCCUCUUGCACAUGCCUCGGCUGCUAUAAGGAACUGGACUCUAACUCCCAUAGUUCCCAUUAGAUUAUACCGCACAGGCUCAGAGUCCAUAUGCCCGGAGUGGGUGGCUACAUUGUGUCUAUUGUAUGGGUUGAUUUUUGUUUUGUUUUGUUUUUUGGGGCUGGCAUUUUGUACAUCACGGGAGGUUUAAAUUGGAGUGAAAAGCAUGGCUGAUGAGCAAGAAAUCAUGUGCAAACUGGAGAGCAUCAAAGAGAUCAGGAAUAAGACUUUGCAGAUGGAAAAGAUUAAGGCACGCCUGAAGGCAGAGUUUGAAGCCCUGGAAUCGGAGGAGAGGCACCUGAAGGAAUACAAGCAGGAGAUGGACCUUCUGCUGCAGGAAAAGAUGGCGCACGUGGAGGAGCUGCGGCUGAUCCAUGCUGACAUAAAUGUGAUGGAGAACACCAUCAAGCAGUCUGAGAAUGACCUCAACAAGCUCUUGGAGUCCACUCGACGCCUGCAUGAAGAGUACAAGCCCCUGAAGGAGCACGUAGAUGCCCUGCGGAUGACUCUGGGCUUGCAGAGGCUGCCAGAUCUGUGUGAGGAGGAAGAGAAACUCUCUCUUGAUUACUUUGAAAAGCAAAAAGCUGAAUGGCAGACAGAACCACAAGAACCGCCCAUUCCAGAAUCUCUGGCUGCAGCUGCAGCUGCUGCCCAACAGCUACAAGUGGCUAGGAAACAGGACACCAGACAGACAGCAACUUUCAGACAACAGCCACCUCCAAUGAAGGCCUGUUUAUCAUGUCACCAGCAAAUUCAUCGGAACGCACCGAUAUGUCCACUCUGCAAAGCAAAAAGCCGGUCUCGGAAUCCCAAAAAACCCAAGAGGAAACAGGAUGAGUGAAACACAGAAAAUCCAUGGAGAAAACAUGUGACCCAUCCUAAUCCCUUUCCAGUAGAACUGUAAACGUGGCCAGUUUAUUGAAGUGCAGACUUAAGUAUGACUUACCCAUUGUUUUCUAGUUAAUGUGACGUAAGCACAAUGUUUCUGUUCCGUCUUAAUUUCCAUCCAGUCCUCACAUUUUGGUUUUAGGAGAAGUGUUGAUGGUGCUACACUUUAACAUUUUAAUCAUUCCAUCUUUCUGACUCCUAAGCCAAGUGGAACUUCUAAUGCAAGUAGUCUGAAUGCCGAUGACCACUUUGUAUGAUCCCUCCUGUGAAGAUAUAUUUGAGGAUACAUGUUUCAUAGUUAAAUAUGUUAGACCUAAGGUACCUGUACUGUACUUGCCAAAAUGUCCCUGUGUUUUUCUAUCUCUACACUGUUUGCCAUACAGUAUCUUUUGUCUAUAAAACCAGAAUAUUCUUAAUGAUCAAGUGUUACUACAGCAAGUUGGGGUUGUUGUUUUUUGGGGUUUUUUGAGAGAAAGAGAGAUGUUGCUAAAAGAUUACUCUAAUUUUCUCCUAACAGAAACCCACUUGAGGCACAGAAGUAGCUGAAUAUCCAUUUGCUAUGCUAAAGACCCAUGCCUUGUCCUAACCAGCAAGAUUAUAUGGGCUAGAUAUAGAGUAAAACUCAGCGUAUCCAAGGAUUUGGGGGUAUAUCUGAAAUGACCAGGAAAAAUAGGGGUAUGGGUGCACGGGAGAUCAACAUAUAGUUCAGUUUUAUGGGGUUUGAUUGUAUGGUUCCUACAGAACUGGAUUAAAAUUUGGGAAGGGGAUCAAGCUGUUGUAUCCAUAUUAAUAUUAAAUUGUGUCUAGCAUCUUAAUUAGGCCAUUUUCAGCAAUCGUAAGACUGACUUCAAUUCAAUUAAGAACUAACUAAGGCCUUAUUAUUCUUUUCAAUAACACUUGAGAUUACAGAAGGAGGGAGCCCCUUCCCUAGGUUUUUAUCCUCCCCUCUCCCUUGCCCCACUCCUUCAUCCAUACUUGUGCUGGUUGUAUUAAGGCAGAGGUUCCCAAACUGUGGGACAUCCCCCCCAGGGGGGCAUGGAGAAACAUUCAGGUUUGGGGGGGCCCAGGCCAACCCCCAUGGAGAACGGAGAGGGAGGGAUAUCCAGCUCCGCUCUGCCCCCAGCUCCGCUCCAGCGCCAGCCUGGGCCCCUGGCUCCUGAUCCUGAACACAGCUCCACUUCUGGCCCUGACCCAUCUCCCGACCACAGCUCCUCGGGGUGGGGUGGGGUGGGGUGGGGUGGAGAAUAGAUUCCAUUACUGGUAAGGGGAGGCGUGACAGAAAAAGUUAGGGGACGACUGUAUUAAAGAUUUUUGUUUGUUAGUUAAAAAAACACAGAAUAAGCCACACCCUGGCCUCUGGUGAGGAGACUUUACCUGCUGCUGGGGACCAUACAAGCCCACUUAAAAAGCUUUGGCUGGCCAAAGCACAUGAAUUGCCCUAAGUCCCCCCUUGCUUCCCACAGGGUGACAGUGUGGUUGUAUUAAUUUAGAUGGAAUAAAUGUGCCAAAGGUGUUAACAUAACCCAGUCUCUGUCCAGAGUUUGCUAUACAGAGACAUCAGCCUGCUUAGUACCAUAGCAAACACACCAUUAAAAAUCCUAUUAACCUUUUAUUAAAGAUACAGAAAAGAAGGAAAAACAGUUAAAGCAUUUGAAAUGUGCAGUAUUAAAUAAGGCUUUAAUUUUAUACUUGUUUCCUUGUUCCCUUUAGCUGGAAAGAGUUUUAGAAGGAAAAACUCCUUGUUGGACAGUCUCCUCAAAGAUGGUAAUAACUGUCCGAUUGGGGAAAAGAGAAGAAGUUAGUUGAUCUGGGCUGUAGCUGUUGUUGUUCCUGUUAAAGUCCGAUCCCAUUUCGUCCCAGGUGGUGUUUGGGAGUCAGCUGGAGCCAGUAGGGUGGUGAUGUCACCUGGGUCCCUCUCUCUGGCCCGGUCUGGUGAGGACAUCUCUCAGGAUUAGGAAGGCAAAGGCUUGGGGUCCCAGGAAAUGGUGGGAGUGGCAGCCAGGAUGGUGAAGUUUGCUUCAGUCAUCUCUGUCUGUUCUUCUGUAGUUUCCCCACAAAGUAUCUUUCUUUAAUGACCCACAAAGGCAGAGGCGGGCAAACUACGGCCCGCGGGCCACAUCCGGCCUGUGGGACCGUCCUGCCCGGCGCUUGAGCUCCUGGCCGGGGAGGCUAGUCCCCAGCUCCUCCCCUGCUGUCCCCCCACCCCCGCAGCCUCAGCUCGCUGCGAGGGGAGCGCGGCUCACACCCACCCGCCUCCCAGGCUUUCCAAUAAGCCAGUCCUGUUGCUCUGAGCGGCAUGGUAAGGGGGCAAGGAGUGGGGGGGUUGGAUAAGGGGCGGGAAGUCCCGGGGGGCAGUCAGGGGACAAGGGGAGGUUGGAUGGGGCGGAGGUUCGGAGGGGGGCCGUCAGGGGACGGGGAACAGGGGUUGUUGGAUAGGCAUGGGAGUCCCAGGGGGCCUGUCAGGGGGCAGGGUUGUGGAUAGGGGUCAGGGCAGUCCAGGGACAGGGAGCGGUGGGGGGUUGGAUGGGGGUGUGGUCCCAGGGGGGUGGUUAGGGGUGGGGUGUCCCGGGAGGGGGCGGUCAGGGGACAAGGAGCAGGGGGGGUUGGAUGGGUUGAGGGUUCUGAGGGGGGCGGGAAGUGGGGGGGGGCAGGCUGUUUGGGGAGGCACAGCCUUCCCUACCCGGCUGUCCAUACAGUUUUGCAACCCUAACGUGGCCCUCGGGCCAAAAAGUUUGCCCACCCCUGCACAAAGGGAAUGGUGGGUGAAAUAGCUCUUCCCCUCUCUCAUUUGUCCACCAGUUAGGCCUGGUUUCUAACACGCCAGUUUUAGUUAAUUAAUUUUGAGACCCACAUUUUCUUGUUCACUUCUCAACACCAUCCUAGAGUUUUAUCAGUACACCUUUGAGUUUGGACUAAUUCAGUUUUUCUGUCUGGUUUUCUUGCACCUGUUUAUACCAUUCUGUAUUAAAAAUAACUUGACCUACUUUUCAUGAUUAAUUCCCAACAGGCAAAAAGUUAUAGGCCCAGUUGUCCCAACAGGAUUUUAUUGAAGUGAGCCACUUACUGCAAGCUUAGUUCAUCUUAUAGUGGUGUACUAGUUUCAUAACCAUGUAAACAUCUAUCAGCAGCGAGAGCACUCAGGACCUUCUGCUCCUGAAAAUACAGGCCUCUCACUCAGUAUAAAUGGGCAUUUUUCUGUUACUUUAGUAUUAGGAUUAAGAGCCUCUGUGAAUUAUAGCCACUGGAAGGUAAUCUGAUCAGAUACAUUCUUGCUCAAAUCUGACAUUCCAUUCAGUAGAGGGCAGUGGUGACAUUGACUGACAGUCUUUUAUGUCCGGACUCCUGUUUCUUAAAAAUAAAUGCUGUAUUCUGCUUUUAAAUGUUGAAAGGCCAUAUGCUACCUUCCCUCAAUAGUGCGAUUCCUGUUGGGAUUAAUGGAAAAUAUGUAUAGUUAGAAGGCAGCAUAAAGGCCUUUAAGCUGAAUUCAUGAGAUUCAUAUACUUAACUUCAAAAAGUAGUGACAAUGGACAUUGGGCAAAUGGUUCUUCAAUGAAGUAGUUUGCUGAGAAAAGUAAAUUUGUAAAGUCCUUGUGACAUCCUGUCCUGUGGAUAGGGGAAGGGAUAGACUCUGUCCUGACUGCUCUCACCUUGCUAUUACAUUCAAGAGUUACUUCCUCCUUGGGGAUUUCUAGAGCAGAGGUCUGACUAAACUGAAGAGUGCUUGGAGAUGCACCAUUUGCUAAGUCAGUGCUUUGGACUUUUUUUUUUAAUCUAGUCUCUUGCACCUUCGUGUUCAACAAGCUACCUUUUUUUUUAAAAUAAGGAAAAACACAUUUUUAUAAUAUGUGCAUAUAGCAUAUCUAGUUUAUACCAAUCAUGUAUUUACAUGGCUGUUUUCAUAUUCUUUACAAAGCUGUGCCAUAUCAAUAGCGUGCUUUGUUGGUUUUGUAUUUUUUCUUUUUUACAAAAUUGUGCCAUAUGAAUAAAGUGCAUUGCUAGUAGUAAGUCAAACUAUUACACCAAGGAGUCAAAAGUUGUUUAUGUAUUUAAGGGAGAGGGGUUCUUUCAUAGGGAAAACAGUAUUCCCCCAUUACAGAUUUCAGGAAGAUUAUUGGAUGGCUUCUGACAUGACCACACUGGGCCCUUUCUUUUUCACUCCUCUUUUUUCUUGUUAAGAGACUAUACAAACGUAUAUUAUGAAAUAUUGAUUUCAGGGGCCUCAUUUGCUAUGGGGAAAGGGGGGCAGCUGUCCCCCGAGACUUUUCAUAGGUCUGUAUGCUCCAUUAUGUCUUCCAUUUUUUGCAAUCUCCCUUCCCCCCAGACUUUGCAGGAUUAUUAUAUAAUCACAUAUAAUUUUCUAUAUGAUGACACAACUUUGCCACCUCCUCCCCCUGUCCAGAAUUUUUCUGAAAUGACACCCCUUAUUGAUUUCUUGCUCUUUUAGGCGUAUGAGGAAACUAUCUGCACCAUAGUUCUUAUAUAAUUUCUGUAGUUUCUGGUAAAGUAAAAGCCUCUACAGAUCAACAAUGACCUCUAAUUUUGCACCUAUGAACAACUUUGACAAUCCACAUUUUAAUAUGUGCACUCAAGAGUUAACUUGAGAUGUCCAUCAGGUAGGGUUGCCAAGUGUCAGGUUUUUGACUGGAACACCUGAAAAGGGACCCUGGCACUGCUGACCGGGCUGUGAAAAGUCCGGUUGGUGGCAUAGGCAGGUUCCAUGCCUGGCUUCCAGGAAGUGGCCAGCAUGUCCCUCUGGCUUCUAGGCGGAGAUGCAGCCAGGGGGGCUCUCAUGCAGCCCCCAUCCCAAGUGUUGGCUCUAUGGGUCCCAUUGGCCAGGAACCGUGUCCAAUGGGAGCUGCGGAGGCAGCACCUGCAGGCACGCAGAGCCCCCUGGCCGCAUCUCCUCCUAGGAGCUGGAGAGACAUGUGGCCACUCCCCAGGAGCUGCCUGAGGUAAGUGCCACCCGGAGUCUGCACCCGAACCCCUUUCUGUGCCCCAGCACCCUGCCCCAGCCCUGAGCCCCUUCCCGCACCCUGAACCCUUCAUUUCUGCCCCGACCCCGGAGCCUGCACCUCCAGCCCAGAGCCCGUACUCCCUCCCACACCUCAACCCCCUGCCUCCAUCCGGAGCCCCCUUCCACACUCCAAACCCCUCGGCUCCAGCCCCACCCCAGAGACCACACCCCCAGCUGGAGCCCUCACCCGCUCCCGCACCCCAACUCUCUGUUCCAGCCUGGUGACAGUGAAUGAAGGCAGGGGAGAGUAAGCAAUGGAGGGAGGGAGGAUGGAGUGAGAGGGGGUUGGGCCUCGGAGAAGGGGCAGGGAUGCUCGGUUUUCUGCGAUUAGAAAGCUGGCAACCCUACCAUCAGGCACGCUUGCAAUUAAGUGAACCUGCCUUCAACUGCAAGUUACAAAAUUAGAGGCCAUUUUUCAAAGUAUAGCCCUGGCUGUUUUGCUUCUAAGAUCAGACGGCUCCAGCAGGGCUCAGGUAAGAGCUAACUAACAUCCUUAGUAAGUAAAAUACAAAAGACACUGUUCAUCCUUAUUUGAGAGCCCUCUGCCUUUCCCUCAUUAGUGCUAGCCUUGAGUUUCAGUGGGUUCUGUGUUCUAAAUAUUAUACUCCUGUGCCCAGUUGGAGUAAUGUGCUAAAUGUUCAGCAUGUCUGUACAGUCCUUUUUAAUAAACAUUGUUUCAUGCCA